AUGGACUUGGCGUGUUGGUGUAAUCCAAUACAGUGUGUGGUUAUGUAUCAGAACGAUGAACAGAUGAUCGCUAGAACGGAGAGUACCUCAAUCGGGAUGGUGGAGGCUGAGUGCGGGAUGCCGAUUACCCUCGGAGUUGAGGGUAGCGACGCAAACGCACGUGCCGUAGGCUUGGGCCGGGAUUUGCCGCGUGCGGAAGCAUCAGCCUCCCGGCCUCAACACUUGCAUGGGCCGACAACGCCGACCAACAACCUCGACAUCUCCAUCGCCGACCCCUUCGCGCUCGACCAGCUAAAUCACUACGACCAAUUCGGUGACCCUCGGAGUUAUUCUGAUUUUGCAGAUCGCACUGCAUCCACUACAGACUUCAACACCUGCAAGGGCCACAUCCACGGACACUUCGAACUCCACACCCACUUCGUCAUCCGCUCCAGCUCUGCCUUACACCAUGACGGCGACGGCAUGGACGACGUGAGCGACCCACUGUCAGAGCACAGUGGCAAUGCGCCUGCGAAUAACCAUGUCGCGCCUUCCGACUCUGCCAUCGCGCCUGCCACCACCAACACCGAAACUCCCUCCAAGCUCGACACUAUGGAAGGCGCCCCCCCCGUCGACUACCCAUCUGGUUUCGCGGCUGCCCCGCUCGAGCAGCCCGUACACAACACCACCCCCACUAUAGACGACCUCCCAGAGGGCCCCCUUCCCGGCCACCAGCCACUGCUGAACAAUAACAAUAUGUCUGCCUUUGCGCGUCUGCGAUUCCCCGAUGGCUCUUAUUACAUGCACACCUACUCGGUUAUACUGGGUCGCAAUCUCACACUGGCCCACAGAGACCAGCGCCGUCUCGCCUUGGCCAAACGCUACCACGAACAGGGCGACGACAAGCGCGCACGCGCCGCGCUGGAGGGUAGAGGUAGGAAACGGAAGCAGGUAGUUGGCUCAGCCCGCAGUGUCGUCAGCGAGGUAGGCGGCAUUGUCAACGCCCCGAUGGCCGCUAUGCCCCAAGCGUACCAGCAGCGCCGCCAGAGCGCUGCCUCUCAAUCACUUAGUGGGUCAUCUGCUCACCGCCACGAAGAUUCCCCUGGCCAGGAGGAACCAGUCGAGCAUGCGCCACAGGAUGAGCUUCUUCUGGCCUUCUCCGAAGUCCCAGAGCAGGAGCAGCUUAAUAGCGAAGUCCCUGAAAAUCCGAACGAAUGUCCGCUAGUACCUAUCCACCCCCAGCGCAUCACUGAGCCUACCGGUGCAAGAGGGCCGAAAGGUAUCUCGCGACAACACGCAAAGAUUGCCUACAAUUUCGAGCAUAGUUGCUUCGAGCUCGAGGUUCUCAGUUCUAAUGGCUUGUUUCAUGAGGGCGAGUUCCGGGGAAUGGGGAGCACUACCCCCCUGGAUCAUGGCGACAACAUUAUCAUCGGCUUAGUCCACUUCAACUUCCUACUCCCUGAUGUAGCUCUAGAUCAACGCGACCGGCGAGACUCAUCGUCUCGGCCAAUGAGUUUCGCCUUCAUAAACGGACAGGGAGAACCCGAAAGCCAGGAAGACAUGGACGACUCUGACGGUGAGGAGCUUUACGCCAAUCCAAAGCAUGUGUUCCACUUCCCGCCUGAUCAGGCCUAUGAUUCUGGGGAUGGUGACGAAGACGAGGAGGAGCCUUUUACCCCAGAACCUCACCGUAAGAAGCAAACUCUGAAGUUCAAGAUGCCUAAACACAAGCCUAAACCGCAAACACCACUUCCGCAGUCUCGGAAACCUGCAAAGACGGAGCGUGCACGCAAGGCAAUCCGCCUUCCUUCGCCUCCAAAACCCCCUACGAGAGCCCCUAAAGGAAAUCCGAAGGAGACUCUCAAGGAACAGAAAGAGAAGGCAAAGGCCCCCGCAAAAGAACCAUCCAAGGAGAAAGCUAAAGAGAAACUGGAGCCAACCAAGGUCGUCAAAGACGCCGGUCCAACCCAACCGAAGAGGCCAGCUAUCGAAAUACAAGGCUCCUCCGACGCUGAGGAAGGAGUUAUUACGAAAGAGUUUGUUGCAAGACAUGGUCUUUCAGACAUUCUGAUUGGGCAGCCCUUGGUGAAGCGGAAAGGUCCAGGUCGGCCGCCUAAAGACGGGAUGAUGUCGAAGCGACAGCGUUCUCAGCUUGCAAAGUAUGGCAAGGAGUUAGAAAAGGCACGAGCCGCGGGUCUCGACAUAACGGAGCUAUCCACUCCAACCACCAAGCCAAAGCCUGCACGCCCUCGUAAAAACUCGACGCUGGGCGAGGAUGACGAUGGAGAUAUCAGAGAAACAACAGAGAAGACCGGGGGCGCUGCAAGCCCUGAGGAGAAAAGGGCUACGAAACCCAGCAAGCCUACGAAAUCACCUUCUCCCCAAAAGAAGGAAUCAGAUUAUACGGAAGAGCAGCUGCAGCGACCUAGCCAAAACUAUGUCGUGCUGAUUCAUGAGGCAAUAUCCAGCACUGACAACAAAUGCAUGAACCUCCAGCAACUCUACACAUACAUUGAGACGCAUUACCCAUAUUACAAGUUCAGGACGUCGACAACUGGAUGGCAGUCAAGUAUAAGGCACAAUCUUAUUGGCCAUGACGCUUUUGUAAAGGGGGAUAAGGAGGGCAAGGGCUAUCAGUGGAAGCUCGAUCCCAACGUCUCCAUUGAAAAGGAGAGGCGGAAGAGGCAAGUCAGCCCGCCAGUUGUGAACCAAGCACAAAGACAAGCCUACUACCCUCAUCCAAAUGGCUAUCCACAAUACGCAUCAAAUUCCUACUAUCCACAGGCCCCACCUGUAGCUCCUCCCAACGGCGUACCACAAGCUCCUGCUCCAAAUGCCGGCCCUCGCCUUCCACCUAGCCUCGCGCGUAAUACUACGGCCGAGCCCGCGCCGCAAGCCAACACCCACGCGUCGCCGUAUGCGUCGCCGUGGGCAGGAGGGAAGAGCGUCGAUGGACAAGUGAAUUCGAACCCUCCGCAUCCAUAUCCCACUGCCAACUCACAAUCUCUUCCCGCGAACUCAGUAGCGGCAUCGAGCGGCCAGUACGGUGUUUUGAUGCCGACGAGCGGCCCGUACACUCCCUAUGGCGGAUAUUCCACGGCAAGUCCCUAUGGCAACCAAUACGCUACGGCGGGAGCAAGCCCUUAUAUUAGCGCUUCCGGUCGGCCCUACAAUUCAACCCAAAUCACGAGUUCAUCACCAAAUGUUCCGCAGGCUACCUCUGUUUCGUCGCCACAUCAGUCUUCUCAGCAGACUGAUGUAUCAGGCCCUAACCAUCUGCCAAACCCCCGAAACUCUGGUCGAUACCCGCUCGACAUCAGCGAAGAAGUAAUUCACCAACUUGAGGCCUUCCGAAAAACCUUUAUCAAGGAAUCUCCUGACAAAACACAUGCAACUCGAAAGAUUGACAACACAAUCAAAGGCUUCGUAAGACCAGAUCAAGCAGCGAAUCUCGCGGUUGACGAAAAGAACCUUUUGGCAAGCCUGCUCACUAUCCCGGUACUAAGAGAUGCUUUCAUUUCUCCCAGGGCGGAGGAUAACAAGCAGGCCGCGUUUAUUAAGGAGGAGCGCAGGGGCAGCAGCCAGUCAAUGGCAAUUGACAUCGAAAUGAAGGAUGCGCUAACGACGACUGCUGCCCAGAUAUCCGCAGCUACUACUGCUGCUUGCGACGCGGCCGUCGUGGCGGCAUCCAAUCUGUCUCCGACUACCUCAUCCUCGAAUUGGCCCAUCGACAUUCCCUCGUGGCCCUCCCAGCCACACAAAUUCACACCCGACAUGGCCGGCCUCCCCCGCUCAACAUCCUUCUCCAUCACCCGGCCCCAAACGCCUCAAAACGCCGCACGACCCAGUGUCGAACCCCUUACUCCCGUCCCAGGUAGCCCUGCGAUCGGAACCACGACCACUGUAACACCGACAACGGGUGGUGGUGUCAAGCGCUCUUUUGAGGAGAUUUCCCGCAACGAUGAUGUAGGUGCAGGUGCCAACGGAAAGGAAAGGGAAUCAGAAGAGCCAGUCACAAAAGUCCACCUCGUUGGGUCUUUCAAAACUUAG